AUGGUGAUCUUCAUAAACGGGGAGCUGCACGUGAAAGCGAGGGUGAAGCUGCAUUCCCCGAAGAGGCCGCUGGUCUGCGAGAGGAGAGUCACUGACCUCUCCCGCCUGACAAAGAGGAUGUCACGUAGUAUGACCAGGAUCCUUGGCUGUCUCCUGGCGCCUUUGAGGAUGCCGGGGACUCUUUUAUCUCGGGCCCUAGUUCAGUCCGCCCUCGACGGGUACAAUGUCACCAUCAUGGCCUACGGCCAAACCGGCUCCGGCAAAACCUACACCAUGCUGGGUACGCCUGAGGAACCUGGCAUCGCGCCCAGAGCAUUCACGAGGCUCUUCCAACUCUUGGACGAAGGGCGCGCCCGGCAGGAGGCAGCCGUGUCGACGUAUAUGUUGGAAUUGUACAAUGAUAAGCUGAUCGAUCUUCUUAAGCCGGCGGUCGGAACGGAUACUGACCGCCUGGAGAUCAAACGCGACAAGAAGGGAGCCGUGCACGUGCAGGGGGCCGCCGUCCGCAGCGUGUCAUCCGCGAGCGAGCUGAACAGGGCCUUCAACGAGGGGCUGGCCAACAGGCACACCGCAGCCACCAAGAUGAACGUGGAGAGCUCGAGGUCGCAUCUGCUCAUCGCUGUGUGUCUGAGCAUCACCUCCAAGCAGACGGGCUCUGUUCUGAGGGGAAAGCUGACCUUGGUUGACCUGGCCGGAAGCGAGCGGGUCAGCAAGAGCGGCGCGUCGUCGGAUCAGCUAAAAGAAGCGAAUUCCAUCAACAAGUCCCUCUCGGCGCUCGGUGACGUCAUCUCCGCGCUGUCCUCGGAAUCAUCGUUCGUUCCCUAUAGGAACAGCAAGCUCACAAUGCUCCUCCAGGACAGCCUCGGGGGAACAGCGAAGACCUUGGUGUUCGUCAACGCCUCGCCAGCUGCGUAUAAUGCGGACGAGACGCUCAUUUCGCUCAUGUAUGCAACGAGAAUAAAACAGAUUACAAACAACGUAUGUAAGAAUGCAGACAACAAAGAAAUAACGAGGUUAAAAUCGGUCAUUAGCAAACUCAGAAAAGGCGAAGAAAUUGAUGAAGAGGCGUUGCAAUGAGACUGCAAUCUCCUGAAUUAAUGCAAAAGAAAAAAAAAACUCCAUAAGAAUAUCUUCAACGAAAAUGAAAGUGGGAGUUUAUUUUUUUUUGGAUAUGUGUGGAUACGCAUGUACAAAUUAAUUCCCGGUUAUAUGUGUGACUAAAUUAAAGUGGAGAAUCGGUUUUUAAUGUUUAAUGAAAACGUCCCGAAUAGUGUAGACUGUGCACUGUAAAUAAUUUUACUUAGAGAAUUUGAAAAGUAAUCCACGCAGAGCUUAAUGAAAAUUGUCAUAAUGACUGCUCAACUGUUGAGAAUUCACUCUGGAAAUAGCUAUAUUCCUUAUAAUUUUGAAUAUUGGUUUAUAAUUACUGCAGGAAUAGGAUAAUAUCUAUGUAUAGUAUGUCUUCGUAUCAUAUAUACAUUAUGUUACUUAGGAUACUACUGAACAUAAUACAACAAUGGUAGUAACAUAUUUUCUUGAUAACUGAUUUCAUUAUUAUUGUAUUAUCGGCUCUAAACUGUGUAUAGAGCCGACAACUCUUAACGAAAAAAAUGUAGACUAUGUUUGUUAUUGGAAAUAUUAAAUGUUUUGUUAUAGAUAAUCUAUAAUUAGAGAAACAAACUCUGCAGUGGAUGAGCAUAAAUACAAAAAUAUUACUGUGAUUUUAACCGGACCAUAUUUAUGAAACAGAAGAGCUUAGCAGAGCGCAAUUAGUGGGCGUUUUGUGAAUUCAGUCAAAUAAUACCACAUAUUUUACUGCAGUUGAGUGUAAAUUUAGUCCUAGGAGUUCAUGGGGGAAAAGGUAUAUUUUCCCUUUUGUGCUAUUUAUGUAUGAUCUCUAAUUUUAUACAACCGGUAUGUAUAAAUUUUUGUAGAAUAACUUAUUUUUGCAUUUUGCCAAAGUAGAGGUAUUUGUAUGAAAUAUGGAUGCCCGUUUUCCAUAAUGUAAUCGUAUCACACACAGAAUGCUUAUUACAUAGCAACUAUUUCGUCAUCAUCAUUGUAAAUAUCAUCCUCAUGUACUGUUUCAUUUUAGUGGAGUCGAUAAUGUCCUUGUGUGAAAAUAAGGAUUUAUAUGGUUAGAAAUUAUAGAUGUCUAAAAUAGAUUGUGAGUAUC